UAUUUUAUUCGGCGAAGAAGAGUCGACAGGAAGUUGGUGCAUACUGGUGGUAAUGUGUUGGUACUGUAGCUAGGAGUAUUUGGGUUUUCCUUUUAACAGGUACUCGAAGAGAAAAGUGAGCAUACGUCUCAUGUAGCGGUACGAGAAAUAUGUGAAACGCUCUGUAUGACCAAGACUUUUGAAAUCAUCAUCAAGGUGAUCAUUUUUAAUUGAAACAUAUUGCACAAACCGGACGAGGAACCAAAGUCAUUCCUUCGACAUGGCAUAUCAACGUGGUCAAAACUCAAUUAGAGAAGUAUAUGAAGAGCACUUCUCAUCAAUGGAUUCAAGAGAGGUGACUGUCCAUCGGGUGGUCAAUAUUGUUGAUAGGAGGAGCCCUAUACCUCGAUCACAUGUGGAAUUUGACAGAGGUUUUAAUAAUGAACAGUGGUAUGGGGGUCCUCGAAAUUACCACGAUACAAGAGAAUUUCAUGGAGAAAACAGUUACCCACCCAAUGACCGACGCUACUCUGAUGACAACUCGCAUGGCAAUUUUCACAGAAAUGUUUCACAAAAGGAGGGUCCGUACCCGCAACAGUCUUAUGGCAGAGAUGAUCUGAGGCAUCAGUUGGCCUCAAGGAGCAGAAGUGAUCCUUAUUUCCGCAGCAGGGGCCGAGUGUCAGGACCUCCUCGAAGGAAUUCUCCGUCUGCAGUCGUCAAACAAGACCGCUCUCCUGGAAGGAGGGAAGCCCAUCCACCUGUCCGCUCUGGCUCAAACACCAGCAACCGGAGCUUCUCCCCUGACAGGGAGAAAGGCUUCGCCUACCAGCCGGCCCAGGAGAGGCAUAAGCCCAGCGGGCCGAGGAUCCCCUCUCCCAGAAGCACGGUGGAGGAGCCUCCUCACAGCUCUGGAUCUUCAAAGGCGAAUCCAGCAUUUGAGGGCAAUAGUAACCACGAUGGCUCUUCCAAGAAACACGUUGCAGAAAAAACUCCUGCAUCUGGAGAGGAGACGAAGGAGGCGGAGGAAGCGGAGGAGGUGGAGGAGGAGGUGGCUGCCAGCAUGGAGCCAAAGCUGACACCAGAGCAAGACUUCAAGGCUCGCCGGUCGGAGGCCAUUAAGGCUAAGGCUCUGGAAAUUGAGAAGCAUUACAGGAAGGACUGUGAGACGUUCCGCACAGUGGUGAAGAUGUUGGUGGCCAAGGAGCCCAGUCUGGAUAAGCUGCUACAGGGGCCACUGGACGAGAACCUGCUGGAGAUCAAUGAGCGCUGCCUCGACGCCCUGAGGCACUUUGUGAAGGAGCUGGACGAGGUUUUAAAGCAGCCGGACGCCUCGGCCUGAGCCACAAGUCACGAAACACUGACGUGUUGUUUCUUUUAUCAUUUGUUUAAAUAUUCACAUGUAUUAUUAAGAAAAGAAAGAAUAUCUAGCAGUGGCCUUUUUCCCCCACUUAAACGUAAAUAGAAUUUAAGAUUCAAUGCUCGAUUUUAAAUAAUUGUUCAGAUGGCUAAGUGGUUACAUAAAAUACAUAUAGUAUUAUAUACGUUUUUAAAACAAAGCUUCUUGUGGGGUGAAAUGCCCAAGAUACAGUUUCUGGGAAAAAGGACAAUUAAAAUGUUUAAGAUUCCGCUGUAUUUUUAUCCUGAACCAUGUUGUGGAAAAACCUGCGAAAUAUUAUUAUGUUGUAAUUACAGAUUACAUUUUUAAUGGAUAUACUGUACAUUUUAUAUUUGCUUGGUCUUAUUGUUGAAUUCUAAUGAAAUAAUUACACUUUCACAACCUUCCUUCGAUUCAGUCUUUAGAGAUAUGAAAUGUAUUGUGCUACCAAUAACUGUAUUUCUUGUAGAUAACUUACUGUAACAAGUACUCUCAUACCAGUGUUGAAGGGUGUUUUUUCUUUUCUUUUCAGUGCAGCGCUAUUUUAUGUCGAAUAGCUGACUUUUUAUACUGUAUGUAGAGCUUGUAUAUCAUCCUUUCCUAAUAAAAGCUGAAG